GGGGUUACAAACUAUGGUCGCUGUUUAAAGAAAUAUAAUAGUGAUAUUUAAAUAAAACUUACAUGUCUGAUCAAAUAUCCGGAGAAAAAAAAAUCUUACAGCACAAAAUGUUUUUUUUGGGUACAAAUUGAAGCCAUUUUCAUAACUCUCCCUAAAAAAAUAAUAAAGGGUUUCAAGUUCAAAAAAUAAAAUAAACGUUUUUAACUAACAAAUCUCAAAAUUUUAUUAAUCUUUUAACUAUAAUAAAACAUAUUGUUUGACUAUUUUAAUCGGUGCAUGCAAAUAUUAAUCACAAAGGCAUUGCAAUCCGAAGAUAUGACUUAAGAAACCCCAAGUGGUAUGUAGUAACUAGCAAAUUGAUUCCCACCGAGACAAUACAUCCCCCUUUUGGUAUAUGCUUUCUCGCUUUUAAUUAUUUUUCAAAGAGAUGCAAUAGCAAAUCAAUUUAUAAAAAAUAUGUUAUUAGCAAUUUUUUAUUUUUCCAUUAAAAAAUUCUUCAUCACCAUUUACAAAAUUUAUUCUUUGUUUUAUUAGACAUUUGUCAAUGAGCGACAUCUUCUCCACUGGCACAAGGAUCAAGGAGCAAACAAAUACGAAAAUAAAAUGAAACAUUAACUAAAAAUAGCAAAUGUUCAAAACAUCGUGAAAAAGGGCCUAGAAAAAAGAAACAAAGGAAAGCAUCAAGGAACAUGGGUCUAAAUCUAUUAUCAGAGAUGGACCCUGAAACAAAGUACAAUCCAACCGUUGAUGGCACUCUGGGUUUUGUCUGCACCAGAAAAAAACAUCACCAAACAAUAAUCAUGUUUUUGCUGACAAAUAACCCAAUAAUCUUCCUCUACAAUACGGUUCCAACAGUAUAUCAACUAGUUUUGAAAUAUGCUGUCAAUUUUAGCUUUCUUUUUUAUGAAUCAAAUAAAUAAAUUUACAAUGUCACGUAGAGGAUAUAUGGCAAGAAAAGAUGCGAGGAAUAAGCAAAUAUGACAUGUGAGUAAAAUCGAAAAACAAAGCAUAUAAACCACUUGUCUUCAACACCGCCACGACCAAAUCCUCCAAUGGCUUCGUUACUAUUUACACUUUCAUCGCCGUAACUGAAUCUCUUUGACAAUUCAAUACUCUCCAUGCGUCUCACUUUCAAACAUAAAAGCAUUUAUUAUUGAGUAUUUUUUUUUUGUUAUAGUACCCAAAAAGUCAAAUCUAUAUUAUACGUUCCAUAGUAUAAUAAUAAAUAGGACAACUAUCCAAAAAGCGUUUACAAAUACUUGUAUUUUCCGUGUUUUGACUUUUGUAAUAACUCUGAAUAUUUCUUCAAUCUUUUAUAUAUAAACCCUACUUUCUUCUCUCUUCUUGCUAACUUAUUCAAUACAAUUCACAUCUCAUAAAUCUCAACUACUACACUUUUGAUAAAGAAAAAACUUCAUUUCUUGAGAUUCUUUGUUGAUCCAUUUAUUCAUCAAGAUUCACUUUUUUUCCGGCGAGUUAAUAUGGAUCAAGAGAUAGAUAUUCCUUGUUUCUUCCUAUGUCCAAUCUCUCUAGAUAUCAUGAAGGAUCCGGUCAUAGUUUCCACCGGGAUAACCUACGACAGGGACAACAUCGAGAAAUGGCUCUUCACCGGUAAGAACAACUCAUGUCCGGUCACCAAACAAGUCAUAACCGAGACCGAUCUCACACCAAACCACACUCUUCGCCGUCUAAUCCAAUCUUGGUGUACGCUCAAUGCAUCCUACGGCAUCGAGAGAAUCGCAACACCAAAACCUCUAAUCUCUAAGUCCGAGAUCGAAAAACUCAUCAAAGAUUCUUCAUCUUCGUAUCAGAACCAAGUCAAAUGCCUUAAACGGCUACGUCAAAUAGUGUCGGAGAAUCCAACGAACAAAAGGUGCUUAGAAGCCGCAGGAGUUCCAGAGUUCUUGGCAAAUAUCGUCAGCAACUCCGUAGAUACAUCCAACGAUUUGUGUCAGUCAAACAUGUUGGAGAACCGGUUUGAUUCUUCGAGGAGCUUAAUGGACGAAGCUUUAAGCAUACUCUACCAUCUCGACACAUCGGAGGAAGCACGCAAGAGUCUCUUAAACAACAAGAAGGGAACUAAUCUUGUAAUGACGUUGACUAAGAUUAUGCAACGUGGGAACUACGAAUCAAGAGCCUAUGCAGCUUUUCUCCUCAAGAAGAUUCUUGAAGUUGCGGAUCCCAUGCAGAUCAUAUUGUUGGAACGUGAGCUUUUCAAUGAAGUGGUUCAGAUCUUGAGUGAUCAGAUCUCUCACAAGGCAACGACAUCAGCAAUGCAGAUCUUGGUGAUUAUAUGUCCAUGGGGAAGGAAUAGGCACAAGGCUGUGGCAGCUGGAGCGGUCUCUAUGAUAAUAGAGCUUCUAAUGGAUGAAACUUUCUCAUCCGAGAGAAGAAACUCAGAGAUGGCUAUGGUGGUUCUUGAUAUGCUAUGUCAGUGUGCUGAAGGAAGAGCCGAGUUUUUGAAUCAUGGUGCGGCUAUUGCCGUUGUGUCUAAGAAGAUAUUGAGGGUCUCUCAGAUAACUAGCGAAAGGGCGGUUAGGGUUUUGCUUUCCAUUGGGAGGUUUUGUGCUACGCCUUGUUUGUUGCAGGAGAUGUUGCAAUUGGGAGUUGUGGCGAAGAUGUGUUUGGUGCUUCAAGUGAGUUGCGGAAACAAGACUAAAGAAAAGGCUAAGGAAUUGCUUAAGCUGCACGCUAGGGUUUGGAGGGAAUCACCUUGUGUCCCAAGAAAUUUGUAUGCUUCGUUUCCUGCUUGAACAGCAAGAUAGAACAUGGAACGUACAUGCUUGAUUGAUUCUCAUCAGAUACAAAUUUUCUUCGUAUAAGUUCAUUCAAAAAAUAGAAUGAUUUAUUUUUGCUCAAAUUCAGAAUUUCUAUUGUCUUUGUUAUAUCUUUCAAAGGCUCAAAUUCAGAAUUUCUAUUGUCUUUCAGUUGGGAUUUUCUUUAUGAGAUUAUGAGAAACUGCAAAGAAAUAAAUGGAAUCACAAGUUACAUGACCAUUGUUUCCCACUUGCUUCCUCGUUGUUGUUAAAGGCUCUUUAUUUGUAUUCUUCUAGCUUGUUCAUUUCCACAAAAAUAAUGGAGACCAUCUUUUUCAACUUCUCAUUUUAAUUGAAUGGAUAACCAAUACGACAACAUCAUAGUUGUUUUAAUAGAAAUGUAUGAAUCAUUUGUAACGUUUCUGACCAUAUGUACGUGGAAGUAACAUUAGGAAUGUUAAUGUCCGUACGUUCGACAUCUUGAAGUCUUACCCGACUAUUGGUUUAUGUAUGGGAUUUCAUUAUAUAUCGACUUCGACCACAUGUACUAUGUACUAAGCAUGCUUUCAUCCGAUGACUAGUUUCUUAGGGCAUAAUUAACCCCGGUCUCUUAGCCAGGGUUCUUAACUCAUGAUUUAACAUUUUUUUAUUUUUUUUUUUACGUUUUUCGGCUAAGAAACGGCUCGUAUAUCUCUUAUUUAAGAGACGGUUCUUAAUUUUUCUUAGUUAAAAUCUAAAAAAAACUAAGAACCGUCUCUUAUCCGAAGCUAAAAGCUUCAGUUAAGAAAUUGGGGUUAAUGAUGGUUUUAUCUCAAGAAAUUAUUGAGAUUUGUUACCUGAUAUACCUAAAUAAUUUUUUUUUCAGGUAAGUAAUUUCAAAAUUAUUAUCGACAAGAUGUGGUAAAGUUAUUUUCGAAAAAAUCUUAAACCAAAGUGGACCGUUUGACGAUCUACAUGCAUAUCAAUAUAUCAAUAGAUCCGUAGAUGAAAGACUAAGAAGAAGUUUAAUGAGAGGUUUUUAAGGUGAGUUCUUAGCGGAAUAUAAGAAUCUGUCUUUUAACUUUUAACUAAAAAAAACUUAUAACUGGUUCUUAAAUAUCUAAUAGAUCCGAAAAUGUAAAUACAAAAACUUAAAAGAUACUUAUGUUUCGGAGACAAACUUUGCAUUCAGAAAAUUGUGCUUUUAAGAUCAAUACCUAUAUGAAUCUAAAGCACUUAAAUGCAUUUAUAGCAAGAAUCUAUGCAUCUAUAGACCUCGGUUUUACCAAUCAGGGAACAUGGUCUUAGUGGGAACAUGAGUACAGUGUCGUUUCACGUGAGAAAAUUAAUUUUGUUUGGCUACCAUUUCAGUAUAAAAUAAAUAAAUAAAAACCUUGGUUGCUGUUCGUCUGUUGUUCAGAACGUCUUCGGUGCGUCGCUAUCGCGAUCUGUUCUCUUAAGCGGGCUCGUUUCAGAGCUUAAUUUCCGUAUUGGUGUUCCUCAUCUCGCUUGGUUUCUUCAGAUGGUCUUUAAUAUGUGGUGGCUUCUCCAAUUGGUUCUGGUUUUGUUUGAAGUCUGUUGGUUUCUUGAUCCGUAUGCAACAACGGUGAGUCGUCUCGUGGAUCCUGGGUUGUCUUUGGCUUCUUAUCGGUGAAAAGCUUGCCAGGCGCUCAUCCUCGGUUCGUCUGGCUGUCCCUAUGUAAGCCUCCGGUGGUUAUGGGUCUUUAGGCUACCUGUCUUCUUUAAAGUCGUGAACUUCUUUGAACUUUAGGUUUUUGGUUUGACUUAUCCUUUGUCUUUGUGCACCCGUGUUUGGGUUUUAGUGUCCCGUCUGUGGGUUUUAGUGUCCCGUUUUUGGGUUUUAGAUUCUGGGGAUAUCAUCAUUUUCCGCCAGCCUAUGUAUUUCAUCUUUGGAUCAAUAUAAUUUCAGUUG